GUGAUGGGGUGUAAGCCAGCGGCCAAGCCAGCAGGAAAGCCCUGGGUUAAGGGAUGGCUAAGCUCUUCUCCCUUUUCGUCUUGUAACAUGGUGCAAUUUUCUUUUUUCACCAUGGAAGCGGAGACAGCUGUAAGGGUAGGGGACAAGGUCACAUCAACAACAAGGCAGCGCUCCGGGAGUGUCAGGAACCCUUCCGGGGCCAACUGAAGCCUGGGACAGAAGGGAUGCGCCCAAGGAGUGUGCAGCUGCCUCGGUGCCUUGGUGAGCAACAGGCGGAGGAGGUCCUCUUGCCGCUCUCACCCAGCAGUGCAGGAGGGACUCCGCAGCGGGUCAGAGCCGGUGUGACCUUAAAGCUCUGGGUCGUAACCCCUGAGCCCGCAGGCGCAGCCCGUGUGGCGCAGUAGCGGUGGCGGCGACCGUGCAGGUCUGCCCCAAGGGUUAACUCAUUCCUGGGCAGCCGCGGCGCGUGUGGUGCGAAAUCUCACCAGAAGAGGGUACAGUAGCAAAGCGUUUGACGUCAGGCUGGAAUUCCUAUUGUGUUUCGGAACGGCUCUGGCAAAGCCAGUCCAAGUUCGCUCCCCGCACAUCCGGAUCGUGCAGCUCCUGGGCUGACCCGCCGCCGCUGCUUGCUCGCCGCCGCCGCCGCCGCAGGGGGAAGGAGGUCGCUCGCUGCCUGCUGAGGAGAGCCUGGUCCUGUUCUGGACCGAGCUGAAGCAACAUAUCCGGAGUUGAGGGUGAGUGUCCCGAACACCGGAGGCCAUUGGCCGCGGAGUCCCCUGCUGGUGCGCCUGGAUGCCAGCGGGCAGCCCCGCCGCUGCCACCGGGUGCAUGGCUCCCCUGCGGCGCGCCCCAGCCUGCUGCCGCCCGCUGUGAGUGCCCUUCUCAGCAGGUGGCUGCUGUCCCCAGAGCCGCGCAUUGGCGGAGGCAGCAGGGCGCAUGGAACCCGGGCUUGCGAGCGCACCCGCGGGGAGCAUGGACGCGUCUGCCGAGCAAAGCCUCCCGGAGCCUGGCAGCCAGGACUCGGUGGCAGGCGACGACAUUGAGAUCGUGGUGAAUGUGGGGGGCGUGCGGCAGGUGCUCUACGGAGACCUGCUCAGCCAGUACCCCGAGACCCGGCUGGCGGAGCUCAUCGACUGCUUGGCCGGUGGCUAUGACACCAUCUUCUCCCUGUGCGACGAUUACGACCCAGGCAAGCGCGAAUUCUACUUUGACCGGGACCCGGACGCGUUUAAGUGUGUUAUUGAGGUGUACUAUUUCGGGGAGGUCCACAUGAAAAAGGGCAUCUGUCCCAUCUGCUUCAAGAACGAGAUGGACUUCUGGAAGGUGGACCUCAAAUUCCUGGAUGAUUGUUGCAAGAGCCACCUGAGCGAGAAGCGCGAGGAGCUGGAGGAGAUCGCUCGCAGGGUGCAGCUCAUCCUGGACGAUCUGGGUGUAGACGCGGCCGAGGGUCGCUGGCGCCGCUGCCAAAAGUGCGUCUGGAAGUUCCUGGAGAAGCCCGAGUCGUCGUGCCCGGCGCGGGUGGUGGCGGUUCUAUCCUUCCUGCUCAUCCUUGUCUCCUCCGUGGUCAUGUGCAUGGGCACCAUACCCGAGCUGCAGGUGGUGGACGCUGAGGGCAACCGCGUGGAGCACCCGACGCUGGAGAACGUGGAGACGGCUUGCAUCGGCUGGUUCACGCUGGAGUACCUGCUGCGCCUCUUCUCGUCGCCCAACAAGCUGCACUUCGCUCUGUCUUUCAUGAACAUCGUGGACGUGCUGGCCAUCCUCCCGUUCUAUGUGAGCCUCACACUCACGCACCUGGGCGCACGAAUGAUGGAACUGACCAACGUGCAGCAGGCUGUGCAGGCCCUGCGGAUCAUGCGCAUCGCGCGCAUCUUCAAGCUGGCCCGCCACUCCUCAGGCCUGCAGACCCUCACCUACGCCCUCAAGCGCAGUUUCAAGGAACUCGGGCUGUUGCUUAUGUACCUGGCCGUGGGCAUCUUCGUCUUUUCCGCCCUAGGCUACACCAUGGAGCAGAGCCACCCGGAGACUCUGUUCAAGAGCAUUCCCCAGUCCUUCUGGUGGGCCAUCAUCACCAUGACCACAGUGGGCUAUGGUGACAUCUACCCCAAGACCACGCUGGGCAAGCUGAACGCGGCCAUCAGUUUCUUGUGCGGGGUCAUUGCCAUCGCCUUGCCCAUUCACCCCAUCAUCAACAACUUUGUCAGAUACUACAACAAGCAGCGCGUCCUGGAGACGGCCGCCAAGCACGAGCUGGAGCUGAUGGAGCUCAACUCCAGCAGCGAAGGCAAACCCUGCGGCGGCUCCCGCAGCGACCUGGACACCCUGCCCCCAGAGCCUGCUGCCAGGGAGGGGCCCAGCUGGGGCAGCCGGCUGAAGCUCUCCCACAGUGAUACCUUCAUCCCCCUGCUGACAGAGAAGCACCAAAGGACCCGACUCCAGAGUUGCAAGUGAUGUCUGCGCUCCCAGGCGGGGGGGACAGACUGGCCGGUGGACGGACAGACCAUUGGCUAGGCAUUGCCAGUAGGCAUGUCUGUGGCUUCAAGGGAGCUGCCUGGGUCUCCCUGCCCUCCCCUGAGCAGACCCUGCCAAGGCUGGGUAAGACUCCACGGGGUGCCAGCUGUUCAGGGGUAAGGGAUCUGGGGAGUGCAGGAGCCACGGAGCCGCUUGGGGCUAUAGGAACGGCCUGGCCGGAGCCCACAUCUGCUUCCGUGUCUCCUUCAAUAAAACUUCCUGUUCGGCCUACCCUCCGUGUUGUGGGUUGUCUCCAGUUCACUGUUUCCACUCCCCACCCCCCAUGAGUGGCUCCUGUACACCCUAGUGCCAGGCCAGAAAGGAGGUGUGCAGCCCCCAGAGGGAGCGUGGAGGGUAGCUAUUUUUAGUGGCGAGCUAAUUAAAGAAGAGCUGCAAGGCGCAGGGUUCAGCUCCAAGGCGCCUUGCCACAUUCCACGAGACACUCUCCUGCUUCCUUCUGUGGAAGGGCCGCCUCCCCGGGGCCCGGGGAGGAAGGAGAGGUUGCAGAGCCUGGUUGUGAGGCAGCUGGCUCAGAGCUGUCGCCUGUGGGGCACUCCUUUUCACUCCCCCUUAUUCCUAUCCAGCUACCCGAGUGGACAGGUAUCCCCAUUUUACAGGUAAAGAAACCGAGGCUCAGGGUCGCACAGAAGAGGAAUCCAGGCCUGGUUCUGAUUGUCGCCGAGUCCAUGUGGUCUCUCCACCACCAGGCAGUAUUGGUUCCGGGGCCUUCUCUAAAGUAGGGUCUGAGCUCCUCCGCGGUUUGUGUGCCCAGGGGGGAUCUUCAGAGAAUCACAGUGGUUGGUUCAGGAUCCUUGCACCAGUUUCUGCUCAGAGCUGUUUCUGUUGUUCUGCCUGGGAAGGGGGUGAGCUGCACAGGUAUCCACUGUGUUCUCCCCAGGUCUGGACCAGGCAGGAGGGCCGUCAAAAGCAGGGCACUGUAAUGCUGUUGUUGGCCAAAGCCUAAGAGCUGGGCCUGGAGGCCUAACCUUUUCUUGGUUUCCACCUUCUAGGAGCCGGAGAGCCUUGCCCUUCACCCUACCCCCACCUCAGCUGAGAGGGCUCCAGGGAAGGAGCACUUUGGUGGACUAGGAGGUGGAGGGUAUAAAUGGAGGGACACGGGUGUCUUCCACCUGCCUCCACUCUUCCCUGAGCUCAGAUUUUUCCCAGAAGUAAGAGGAUGACUGAUUUUCUCAGGGUGCCUUCUAGGUCUGCCUAUCCAGGAUGUCCACGGUUUGGGCUGUUGAUUCCUAGGGCAGGGUCUCCAGGAGGUGGGAUGUUGUCACUUGGAGAGUGGAGAUUGUGUCUGCAGGGUGCAUGCUCGCUCCAGGGCUUCAGUGAGAAGAUGCUCGGGUAGAGAUGGAUCAGACCUGGGGUCGAUGGCCACGUAGCAGCGAUGUUAGUGGCUGUCCAAGAAGACACAGGGACUACCCCCUGCCUCCCUCUCCCCCAGCCCUCUCACGUAGGACUCUGAAGGUUCUUAGCCAGGCUGGCUAAGAUGCUGGUUGCUCUGAACUGUGCUGUGUGUCUCCUCUUCACAUUUCUCCAAGAUGAACCUAGGUCCUGUGACCAUCAGAGGCAGAGGAAGAAGUUGGGGUCUGAGGAAGUCGAGGCUCUAGGUAAAGGGAGAGCAGGGUCUGCUGGAGUAUGUGGGUUCUUGGGGCUCAGUCGAUUUGCUGAAAGGUCGGCUUGCCUUUUUUAUACCCUUUAUCCAAGAGUCCUUGAGAAGCUAGGACCUGGGUACUACCCUGAGGACUCAGAGCUCCAGGAAGAGGGUGUGUGUGUAGCUCAGGGUUUAAAGAGAGUAAGCAGAAGGCAUCUUCCUGUGUUCCCUGCCUUCUGGGGCAGUGACACUAGGGAUGAGGAUGGAGGGAAUGAAUUACAGGGAAGAGUAGCUUUUGCUCAUUCGGGAGUAGGAGACCAUCUGUGAGAUCUCCACAGGUUAGGAUCCAGAGGGACACUGGCCCUGGGGGGCUCAGUGAUGGCAGUGUGUCCUUACAUGGUGAUAUGCUUUGUCAUAGAGGAGUGGCCUGGAUGCUCUGAGAGUCAGUAGUCCCUAGUCCCUGGGAGAUCUCUGGGUUUCAAGUACUUGAACUUGGCUGUAUCCACCAGGGGUAGCUUUGAAAGCUCAGUGUCCAGGCUACACUCCGUUCCUGUGAAUUGAGAAUGUCUGAAAUGACGCCCGCUCCCCCCCCCCCCCAUCCAUAUUUUUGUAACUUAGAGUGCAUAUGAGUGACUGUUGCUGUGAUCAUGUUAAACCCAGAGUUUGGAUUUGUAGAGCUGAGAAAAAAAAAAAAAGCUAUUUUUUUCCGUGAGCUCCCAGAUGCAGCUGGAGGCUGGGGCUGCGGGUCCACAAACUGGCUUUGACGGAUCAGAAUAAGCCUGUAAACUGCAGCCCGUGGCUAGAUCUGGAGGACCACCUGUUUUGCACACCCUAUGAAGUUAGAAUAGGUUUAUAUUUUUAAAUGAUUUAAAAAAAAAAACCCUCAAAGGAAUAACAUUUUGUGACCCGUGACUAGUACUUUAAAUUCAAAUUUUGUUGUCCAUAAAUAAAGUGUUAUUGGAACUAA